AUGAAUGAAUAUUAUUUAAAUAUUUCAAAAAUUUUAAAAGUUUUAGAACAAAAUUUAAAUUUAACCAAUAAAGUCACAUCAAUCGAUAUAAAUCAACACAAUAGAUUAUUUAGCCAGGUUGAGGAGUCAUUUAAUGAACUUAUCAACUAUUUAAAAGAUUGUGAAGAGAAUGAAGCAUUAUCCUCAUGUCUAUCCAACUCGGUAUUAAAAUUUAUAAAUGUUUUUCAAGUUCAUAUUACAAGCAGUAACAAUCAGCAAAGUCAGUCACAAAAAGAGAAAAGUAAAAAUUCACUUCUUUUUUCCCAAAUUGAUAAGUUGGCAAUUUUCUCGUUAAGAUCAUUGGGAUAUUUUCUCUAUUCAUCUUUCACCGUCAAGGUAUUAAUGGAUUCACAAGUUAAAGAAAUCACCAAAUUAAUAGAGAACACUAUAGGUAUAACGAAAAAUAAAAAUAUUUGCAAUUAUGCGAUUUGGUGCUUUUCAAGUCAAAGCUUUCAAAAUGGUCCAAUUAGCACCAAAUUACCUGAAACCUAUAUCAAGUUAUUAUCAGAGACACCUUUCAAUUCAAAAACUAUCGAAAGUGAAAUUUUAAAUUCAUUCAAUACAUUACUUCAACAAAACAUUCAAUUGUAUUUAGACAGCAUUCAAGAUUGGCUGCCAUUAGUGUUUAAUAAGUUAUUUAGAGUUGAAAAUUUAAUAAACCAAAUAGAACAAUUAAAAGAAAUACUAUGCUUUUUAAUUGAAUAUUAUCAAAAAAAGAAUAUAUCAGUACCAGAAGAUUUAUCAUUCAAGUUAUUAGAGUGUCGUCAAGAAUACAUGCAAAAAUUAGAAAUUCUUUUAAAAAGCAAAAAUGAAGUAUUGGCAAUUCAAUAUUGGACCUUUUAUACCUUCUUUUUGGCAAAUGCUCCAUUUGUCGAUCGUGUUAUAAAUCAACUCACUCCAAUUCCAGAGAUCUCAUUUAAAAAUGAUAAUAAACUCAUAAAAAUCGAAUCAUUUAAUAAUUGGAAGUUGUUUAUGGAAGGUGCAUCAAGGGAUUCAGAUUUAAAAAAAGAAAAAAAGAAAAUGCAGUUAUUUAUAGCACCACUUUCAUUAUCACUCGCAACCGAAAAAGAUGUUGAUGUCAAAAAAGCAAGCUUUUCAAGCUGGAUGUACCUAUUGAAGCAAUUUAAACAAUCACUUUAUGAAGUUUUUCCAAUUGUUUUUACUCCAAUUUAUGUAAAUAUUUUAAAAAAACCAAAUUUCUCAAAAAGCCAACAAACCCCACCAAACGAAAUUGAAAAUAUCGCAGAUUAUCAUCUAGGUGAAAACGCAUUACUUUUAUUAGUAUCAAUAACAUCACCAUCACAAGAGGUUAGAAAAUCUGCAAAACAGAAACUACAGGCACUAUACGAUGUAGUUUUAGAAACUAUUCCAUUAGUGUUUACAAAUAUCAACGCAUCUGAAUGGUUACUUGGUAAUUUAGAGCCCUUUAAACUUGCAAUUCAGUCACGAUACAUCUUAUCAGAUUCAAAUACUCCUCAAUUUUGCUUUAAUGAAAAGAUUGAAUUAUGGAAUGCAAUUUUAAAAAGAAUGUCAAAUAUAGAUACCAAGGAUGAAAAAUAUUUAUUACUUUUAAAAGAUCUUUUACUUUUCCUUCAGCAACUUUUCGAACAAAUGAAAAUAGAACCAGAUGAAGACAGUACAUUAUUCUUUUAUCAAACUAUAUACAAAAAUACCAUUCAAUCCAUCCAAAGUUCAAUUUUAAUUGGUGGUGGCUCAGACUCGAAUCAAUACCUAAUCAAAAAUAUUAAUAGUGGCAAAGAUUAUAUUCCCAUCGACUUUUUCAUUUUAAAUAUAAUAGAAUUUGGCUUCAAAUUAACCAGCGAGCAAACUAAAGAACAUCUACUACCACUUUUUGAAGAGUUACUAACUAUCACUUUUAGUAAACCAUUGGACAUGUCAAAUCGUCUCAACUUUAUCAUUGGUGUAAUGAACGAUAAUUUAGAUAAUGAAACCACUCUUUGCUAUCUCUUAAGGCUUUGGAGUAUUUUAACCUCAACUGUUCAUAAACUCAUCGAAAGAUCCCAUGUACUAUUAACUUUACCUCCAACAAUGAUCGAUUGUAUUCUAGAAUCAAUAUCGAAUCUUUUAUUAUGGCCUCUAAGAGCUGUUGCUGGAACACCAUACUCUAGUGAUAAUAGUAUGGAUCCAUGUAAAAUUCUCACCUCAAACAGUAAACUUUGGAAAAACACUCUUCAAUCAAUGUGUAGAAUCUUUUCUAUUAAAACCAGUACCAAUCCCUCCAUCGGAUAUAUAUUUCAAACAAUAGACGACCUUCAAUUAACAAACCACCAAAACUACUACGAUUUUAUUCUAGCAACAUCAAUUCCCCUAUUAGAACUGUAUGAUCUAUCAUUCAUAAAUGGUAAUGGUGCUUCAAUUACAAACAACUAUGCGAAUAAAAGAAAACAAAAAAAUAUGAAAAAUCAAUCAGAGGGCGAAUUUGAAGAUGCCCAACUUCCAAAAAUACUAUCAAACCUUAGCAAUCUUUUAGUCAAUUGUCAUUUCUCCAAAAUGAUAUCAAACAAUCCAAUAUUAAACAACUCCCAACCAUUCUUGAUCAUCAAUUCCUUGGUGCCAUGUUUCAACACUAUUACAAAUAUUUUAAAGAAAUGCAAAUCGUCGACCCUCUGCCUUGUUUUAUUAGAGAACAUGGAAAGCUCUUUAAUACUCUACAUUAAAGAUACUAAACCACUGCCAUCAAUUACCUCAAAAUUAGAUAGCCAAGAAAAGUAUCAACUGACACUAAUUAGAGACUCUUUUAUUAAUCUUUGGGAUACAACUUUGGAAACCUUGAUACAAAAUAAUAUUACCACCUCCAGUAGCAUAAAUUCCUCAAACUAUAAAUACAAUAGUAAACUAUUGGAACAAUUAGAGCUGUUAUUAAUCAGUGCCUUCACCUCACCAGUAAAUGAAAUUAAAGAAAAAGCUUUAUAUUUUUGGAACGAAACUUUUGGUACACAUAUAAAUUCGAAAUCACUAGAGUACCCAAGCAAAUUAUCAAAAACUUUAAAAAAAUUAAAAGAUCAAAUUUCAAUACAACUACCAAAUUUCAAUGAUGAUAAUAUACAGCAACAGCAAACAAAACGUCCAAAUGAGAUUAAUGAUGAAAGCAUUGAUCUAGAUGAAUCGUACGAUGACUUUGUAUUACCAAACUCCCAAUUAAAAAAAGUUAAUAAUAAUGAUAAUAAACUAUUAAAUCAAUACCAACCAUCAAACACCACUGUAAAUUACAACCCAAAUACAAAUGCAAAUAAUAAAAAGAAAUUUAAAUUUUCUGAUCCACCAACAGAUCAAUAUGUUUUAAUUACAAAACAAGUUGAAAAUGACGCCGCAACCCAAUCAAUGACCGAUCACCAAUUAGAAAUUUAUGAACAACAAAAGUUAACUAGAAACUCCUCAACCAGCUUUUCAAACAAUAACAACAAUAACAACAAUAAUAAUAGUGCUAACAGCAACGGCAAUAAUAAUAAAUAUUUGCAAGAUGAAAAUGUUUUAGGUUUGAUAAAUGAUAUCAAAAACAAAUUAUUAGAAAAUCAAUCUACUCAAUCUCUUUUACAAAUCCAAUCAGUUUCGAUAGAAAUAACAAACAAAAUUAAUAAUAUUUUAAGUAAUAGAUUAUAUAAAUAA